UCGGUCUUGUCGAGCCUGAAGAGGAGUGGAGCCAGGGAUCCCGGCUACCAGGAGCCUCUCUGCGCAGUCCUUAUCGUGCAGUGUCCAAACGCGAGGGAGAAAACAACAUGACGACUCUUGAAUUCCUCAGCUUAUCCUCACAACUUCUCCCAAAACAGGUUCCCUUCACUGAGUAGAAAAAUAGUGGGGAAACGGUGUUUGAUAACUGUUUGUUUUUCCUUUUAAACGUGAAGUGGUGUUGCAUGUGGCUUUUGCGGUAUCCUAGUCUACUUUUUUCCCCACAUUAUCAGCGUGGAACAUCCUGCAUCUGCUAUCGCCCUGGCAACCAAUCCUGCUCUCCAUCAUUCUCCAGGCUUCAUCCCUGACCAUUACCGGCAGGCUCCGAGAGACAAAACCCCGAUUUUUCACGUUUGUCCUCCAAGUGGAAGCAGCUUGUUCAUGGACAGUCCUUGAAAUCUCUUUUCUGUUUUAUUUAUUACAAAACAGUGAGGUUCAUGUGUCGGAGAGCUCUUUUCUCUCAGCACCAAAAUGCCUGUGAGACGCGGUCAUGUUGCGCUCCAGAACACCUACCUGGACACUAUCAUCAGGAAAUUCGACGAGCAAAAUCGCAGGUUUCUGAUUGCCAAUGCCCAGAUGGAGAAUUGUGGCAUCAUCUUUUGCAAUGAAGGCUUCUGCCAGAUGUUUGGCUACACCAGGGCAGAGAUAAUUCAGCAGCCUUGUACCUGCCAGUUUUUGGUGGGUCCUGGGACCAUGAAGAGUGCUCUGGCCCAGCUAGCACAGGCUUUGCUUGGCUCCGAGGAGUGCAAGGUGGAGAUCCUCUACUACGCUAAGGAAGGGACCUGCAGGCCUUGUCUCGUGGACAUUGUUCCCGUAAAAAAUGAGGAGGGCCUUGUCAUCAUGUUCAUCCUCGACUUCCAGGAGUUAAUAGAUCCUUCUGUCAAGAAAUCUAGCCUUAAGCAGAGAGUCACGCAAGGAUGGAUUUACUGUCAGAAUCGCAGGCUAAAGGUGAGAUUGCCAUUGUUACGGUCCUUACGACGACCUUCACUUUCUAAAGAUCAGUUUGAAGGAGUGGUAGUGGACUACCUGCAGCCAAACAGUGAAGAAGUCCCUCUGAAAGAGUUUCGGAUUCCGUCCAAGGAGAGCUGCAUGCAGUCUGAGACGGAGGCUCUGAUAGAACAGGACCUGGACCCCCCUUCUCCUGCAGCCCAGUCCUCCACCCAGCGGCGCUCCCUGCUGACAGACCGGCUGGACCCUGGCAUGGCUUUUGCCAGGGGGACAUUACCUCGGAGCUGUUCUCGGGACAGCGUCCGCAGCCUCCGACGAGCCUCAUCGCUGGACGACAUAGAUGGCAUGAGGGCUGAAUGGAACAGUCGACCUGGAGACCCCCGAAGCAACAGCAAUCUGAAGCCCAGCGCUAUGAACUCUACGUCAGACUCAGACCUGAUGAGACAUAGGACCAUUGGUCGCAUCCCUCAGGUUACCCUCACCUUCGACCGGAUGAGGCCUCCUUCUCCCACCGAGAUCGAGAUCAUUGCGCCGAGUAAGAUUAAAGACCGAACCCAGAACGUUACUGAGAAGGUCACUCAGGUCACACAGGUGUUGUCCCUUGGUGCUGAUGUGCUGCCAGAGUACAAGCUCCAGGCCCCACGCAUCCACAAAUGCACCAUCCUUCACUACAGCCCGUUCAAAGCAGUGUGGGACUGGGUCAUCCUGCUGCUAGUCAUCUACACUGCCAUCUUCACACCAUACUCAGCCGCCUUUCUUCUCAGCGAGGUGGAGGAGGAGCGGAGGCGAACCUGCGGCUACAUCUGUAACCCGCUGAACGUGGUGGACCUGGUGGUGGACGUCAUGUUCAUUGUGGACAUCCUCAUCAACUUCAGGACCACCUACGUCAACCGCAACGACGAGGUGGUCAGUCAUCCAGGUCGCAUUGCGCAGCACUACUUCAAGGGCUGGUUCCUUAUUGACAUUGUGGCCGCCAUCCCCUUCGAUCUGCUCAUAUUCCGCUCGGGGUCAGAUGAGCCUCAGACAACGACUCUGAUGGGACUACUGAAGACAGCCAGGCUGCUGAGGUUGGUACGAGUGGCCAGGAAGUUGGACCGCUACUCAGAAUAUGGAGCUGCUGUUCUGUUUCUUCUCAUGUGCACCUUUGCCCUCAUCGCUCACUGGCUGGCCUGUAUCUGGUAUGCCAUCGGUAACAUGGAGCGCACCGGCUCCACCCUCAUUGGAGGCAUGAAGAUCGGUUGGCUGGACAACCUGGCCGACCAGAUCGGUAAAUACUACAAUGACAGUGAUGCAUCCUCGGGCCCCUCCAUCAAGGACAAGUACGUUACAGCCCUGUACUUCACCUUCAGCAGCCUGACCAGUGUGGGGUUUGGGAAUGUCUCACCCAACACCAACCCAGAGAAGAUCUUCUCCAUCUGUGUCAUGCUGAUUGGCUCUCUGAUGUACGCCAGUAUCUUUGGGAACGUGUCUGCCAUCAUUCAGAGAUUGUACUCUGGCACGGCUCGCUACCACACCCAGAUGCUGCGGGUCAAAGAGUUCAUACGUUUCCACCAGAUCCCAGGAGGCCUGAAACAGAGGCUGGAAGAGUAUUUUCAACAUGCCUGGUCCUACACUAACGGCAUCGACAUGAAUGCUGUUUUAAAGGGUUUCCCUGAGUGUCUGCAAGCUGACAUCUGCCUCCAUUUGAACCGCAGCUUACUGCAGAACUGCAAAGCCUUUCAAGGUGCCAACAAAGGUUGCCUGCGGGCUCUGGCCAUACGAUUCAAGACCACCCACGCUCCGCCGGGUGACACUCUGGUCCACAGUGGGGACAUUCUCACUGCUCUCUACUUUAUUUCCAGAGGCUCUAUAGAGAUCCUCAGGGAUGACGUGGUGGUGGCCAUACUGGGAAAGAACGACAUCUUUGGUGAACCCAUCAAUCUGUAUGGGAGACCAGGGAAAUCCAGCGCUGAAGUCAGGGCUUUGACCUACUGUGACCUUCACAAGAUCCUGAGGGAUGACCUGUUGGAAGUGCUGGACAUGUAUCCUGACUUCUCUGGCAUGUUCUGGAACAACCUGGAGAUCACCUUCAGCCUGAGAGAUGCAGAUAGAAUAAACCAGCCAACCUCGAGCAGGGACUCUGAAUGCAGCUACCACCGGGUGAGGCAUCAGAGAAGCUCUCUGCGGCGUCGAAACCGCCCAGAUGGGACGGACCAUGAGGACUCUUAUCCCGAUCAGUCCUGUCAGAUGGUGAAAAACAGAGGCAAGAUCACAGGGUCCCAUUGGGAAGACCUCUGCAGCAGUGCUAGCAUCUGUUCGCAGUCUAGUGAUGAGGAGAUGAAGCCCGUGGGCCACAGCAAGGGGGAGUUGUACGUCCCCAGGGGUGACACCAAAGACUACACCCCUGCAGUGGUCAAUAUACUGCCUCACAGUGGAACAUCAGCUGGGAUGGGCUCACCUGUAGACUUUGGAGGUCUGCCAUACUCAGCAGCAGCCCCUAUCAGCAUGUCAGGUUUGUACAACUACUGGCCAGACCGCAGAGCCAGCCAGUUCUCAGAAAGCCAGCGACGAACAUCGUCAGUCAGUGCUGGUUUCCACCCUCCACGCUUCACUGAGGACCGGCCCAGUGAGCUGGAAUCCAGAUUGGAGCUGCUGCAGUCCCAGUUAAACCGGCUGGAGACCCGUAUGGCAGCAGAUAUGAAUGUGAUCCUGCAGCUCCUCCAGAGGCAGAUGGCCCCGGUGCCGCCAGCCUACAGCGCUGUGUCCCCCAGCGCUCAUCCACCUCAUCCCACCACCCUGUACAGCACAGGAGCACCCACACUCCACACUGUCCUGCCAAUCCAGCCAGUACAGAUCAACAGCACUGCCUCACUGCUACAGAGUCCAAUCUCUGACAAAUCUAAAGACUCCCUGUCCACUGGGGUCCAUCUUCCUGUGGCCUCCAAUGACACUAUGUCCAUGUUGCCAGAGGCCGACCCACCUCAUUUAGCCACUGUGAACCUCACUCCUUCUGCAAUGUCAGGGGUCCAAGAGCCUCCUGGACUGCUGUGUGGCAGCCAGCGCUUCCCCUCCCUGCCUGAGCACCUGGAGACCUCGCCAGAGACGCAAGAGAUCCAGAGGCACGUCUCUGACCCUGUCCUGCCAGGCAGCUAGAACACUAACCAUCAUCACCACCCAAAAGCCUGGUCCUUUGGAUGGGACAGCCAUAUUUUCUCCAGAUUGUUAUUCUUUCUUCCUCUCUUAAAAUAUCUGCUGUCCUGUUCAGAUGCUGCUGAAUAAUGGGAACCCUUGCCUGCUGUCACUGAGUGUUCAGAGUGCCUCCUGUUUCUUACAGACUUCGCGCCCUCAGCAUCCCUUCACUCCUGAUGUCCUCUGCCCAGCUGGGAGGGGAAAAUGGUGAAACAUGAGCUGACAGGAAGCACACAAACUUAUACAUGCGUUGAGCAGGUGCUGGAUCUGAAAGCUACACAAACUGUGGAGAAUUCCUGGUGAAAUGUCAAGAACUACUGAUAUGUUUCACGUGUGAAGAAUUAUCUGCAUUACCUUUGUAUAAGAAUUGCACAUUUAGAGUUUAGAAAACAUUUAUUCAUUUAUUUGGGACUGAAAUUAUUUUUGUAAUAUUAGAGAUUUAUUAGAUACAUACAGAUAUAUAUACAUCAAAUAAAUGUCAUGAGUGUAAAAAGUUAUAGAGUCACAGUUGCUUUGGUUUAUGUUGAAAAAAAUAUCAAAAGGCAUACUGCAGGGCAUGCUGUAAAGGAUGGUUCAAGGUUCAUGGCAGUGUUGGAAAAUAUAUUACAAGUGUAAUUUUCAUCUAAUAUUUCAUGUUCUGACAUUCUGACCUGAAUGAGCAGUUCUUAGUUAGGUGUGACAUUUGAAUACUUGGAGAUAUUACAAUACACACAACAAGCAAAACAGAAAAACCUCAUAGUUUCUUGUAGGCUCUUACUGUUUUGUUUUGAUCAUGACUGGUUGGCUUGGCUUCCCCGUUUCUGUAUAUGUAUACUGUUCAACUUAAACAUGCAUUAGCUAUUUUUGUGGCAUGGUCACAUAGUUUCAUAAUGUACCAAAGUGUAUAUCUGAAAGUGGCAACAACGGAAGAGUUGAUCUCCUGGUCAUCCUGAGUCAUAGCAGGUAAACUGAAGGUUGGUAAUCAUCAUUUCAGUGACAAGUGAAGUGGACGGUAACUCACACGGAGACGCAGUGAUGCUGUCUCAAGGCGUCCUUUGUUAAGACAAUUUCACAGCUCCAACCAAGAGUAAUUACUGUAAUGAUUUUUAAGCAUUUAUAAUUCUGUACAUUUCUGGAAGCACAAAUACCUGUUAUUUAUCUUUUUUUAGAUUAAAGACACAAGACAGUUACACUGGAAAUUGAUUUUAUUUCCUAAACGUUCACCCGAUUCAACAAUGAUAUACUUGCUGCAACACCAAAUAAAAUGUUCCACAUGACGCAGAAGAAAUAUUCAGCUGAAACUGGACUACAUGGAGACACUGAAGGAUGUUGAUGGCUAAAUGAGGAUACACUCAAUGACAGUUAUGCAGAGUAAGACCAUGAUUAGCUAUGAUGUGUCAAGCAGCCGCAUUUAAUGCAGGUAGAGGAAUUAGUAUUGAUUCUCAACCGCAGCAAGCUACCACGCAAAUUGCUGGCCUUUGGGAACAAUUUGGGGUGGUGAUACAUUUACUGAAGUACUGUCCUUUUAAAUACAGUUUUUAGGUACUUGCACUUUACCUGAGCAUUUCUAUUUUAUGCUGGGUUAUACUUAUGCUUUGCUAAAAUUCUAAGGAAAAUUAAGAUUUUACAUUUAAACACAGGUUUACAAUGCUGUGCAUUGUUAAGUAUGAAACAAGUGGUUCAAAAUGUUUUAACUUGACUCUUUAGAAAAAAGUU